UUGUUAAAAACAGAUGACGGUUUCGAAGUUUACGAGAACGAAGCAAAGGCUGAGCAUCGAUCCGGGUUCCUUCAGUCGGUUUUUACGAGGGAGGUCGAGCUAACAGCUACCAACUUCGGUGCAGAGGAGAUUCCGAACAUCGACUCAGUUAAGCUCACGGAAGUUACUGUUCUGCAAGAACUUCUAAAGCUCCAAGACACAAAGUCGCCAGGUCCGGAUGGAAUACCUGCAAAGCUGUUGAAAAAGCUAGCCGUGGAGUUGACAGGACCCCUAAAGGCCACACCUUCCGACGAUGUCCAACCACGUCAACCCUGGGAAGACAGUGAAAUGCUGGAUCUGGGGCCUGACCACAUGAGCCUUCCCACUCCUUUCACUUCUGUGCCCUCCGUCGCUAAUAUCCGCUGCUCAAUCGGUUCCACGGACUCCGGUCAGUUUGGCCCCGUCUUCCAACCUUGGAUUGCCGACUCUUUGCAAACCUAG